UGAUUGAGCAAGACACGUGUCAAUACUCAAUAGAGUGAGACGGAGAGAUUCUUCCAGGUUCGCUCUCUUUUUCGUCUUCUUCCUCCAAAAUCCAAUCUCACCACAGCUUCUUUUGAGGUUUCUCGUCUUUCUUCGGAUCUAUGUGAGGCUAAUAACUAGUACCUGACUGAAGCAGCCAAAAAGCUUCCUAAGUUUCAAGCACAGGGAACUUCAUUUUCCUCUGGUUUUGUAACUCGCAAAGAAGAAGGAGAUUGUGACGAGCUGGAGGGAUGUCGAGUGGUAGAAACACUCACUGGUGUCACAGAUGUCAACGUGGUGUUUGGCUUCGUGGUCGAGACUCUACUUGUCCCUAUUGUGGAGGAGGAUUUGUUGAGGAAAUCGAUGUAGCACCGAAUAUCCCCUUUGAUUUGCUUAGAGCUCACAGGGAUGUUGAACGUGAUUCAACCUUUGAUCUCAUGGAAGCUUUCUCAGCAUUCAUGAGAAGCCGCUUAGCUGAAAGAAGCUAUGACCGAGAAAUCAGUGGAAGAAUUGGCUCUACAGGUUCUGAAAGCUUUUCAAGUAUAGCUCCUCUGUUGAUAUUCGGUGGCCAAGCUCCCUUUAGAUUGGCUGGUGGAGAUAGUAACUCAGUUGAAGCCUUAUUCAACGGGUCACCUGGAAUUGGUAUCACUCGUGGCAACAAUACCAAUGCGGGAGACUACUUUUUCGGACCCGGUCUUGAAGAACUGAUUGAGCAGCUUUCAUCAGGGACUCAUCAUCGAGGUCCACCACCUGCACCAAGAUCAUCAAUUGAUGCAUUGCCAACAAUCAAGAUCACACAGAAGCAUCUCAAGUCAUCAGACUCUCACUGUCCGGUUUGCAAAGACGAAUUCGAACUUAAAUCAGAAGCAAAACAGAUGCCAUGUAACCAUAUCUAUCACUCUGACUGCAUCGUCCCAUGGCUGGUUCAGCAUAACUCAUGCCCUGUCUGUCGAAAAGAGUUACCAUCAAGAGGAUCUUCUUCAAGCACACAGAGUGAUCAGAACAGAAGCACCAAUGGAAACAGAAGGAGGAACCUUUUCUCUAACCUCUGGCCAUUCCGCUCGUCUAGCUCAAGGUCGACACAAAACCGCAGAGAUACAAACAACGCAGCCACUGCAGAAGAAGGCCUCUAUAAUCAUCACCAGCAACAGCAGCAGCAACAAUAUCAACAUCAUCAACAACAAUCUCAUAUGGGUUACAGUGGGUGGCCUUUUGACUAUUAAACGUAAAUCUAAACUCUUUUGUUGAAGCCUUUCUAUAUCACUUUGGUCUUUCAUGUUUUCGUUUGUGCUUUGACUUGCUCUGUCUCUCUUUCACCUACUAUGUUCAUUGGUUGCUGUAGAUCUUCUGUUUCCGUUGUUUACAGUUUAUCAACUUUGUGUUUAUUUAUGGAUUUUAAUAUCACACAUGUUAGCAUCUUACUGACUGUGCAUUAAUAAUAUG